AUGGAUCCCAGAACCCUGAGGAGGAACCUGGUUCUCCUGCAGCUCAGCUUCUGCCUCUUCUCCGCGGGAGACACCAAACAGGUGUGCCACUGUACUGGGAAGUCCUUCUGUCACUGUGAUGGGGUCAAAGGUCAGAAGGGAGAACCUGGACUUACUGGUCACCUUGGAUUUCCUGGAAGGAUUGGUUUCCCUGGAAAUGAGGGGAGUCCGGGCCCACUUGGAGAAAAGGGAAACGAGGCUAAAGCAGGAAGUCCAGGAAUGAAAGGAUCUCAGGGAAUUCUAGGGGUACCAGGUUUUCCAGGAUCACCAGGCCUGCCUGGAAUCCCUGGAAAUGAAGGACCAAUCGGCCGACCUGGAGUCCCAGGAUGCAACGGGACAAAAGGGGAUGAUGGUUUUCCAGGUUACCCUGGGCUUCGAGGACCAGUUGGCAGACGAGGUGAUGAGGGACCUCGAGGGAUAGAGGGAGACACAUUGUUUUACCCCGUUCAGCAGGAAAUUAAAGGCGAAACAGGACCACAAGGGCCAUAUGGAGAAACGGGUUCAAGCGGAGAUCCUGGAGAAACAGGCCAACCAGGACCUCCAGGACCUCCUGGACUUCCUGGAAGACCAGGGGUGUCAGGAAUCCAUGGAGAAAAGGGUCAAGAAGGCCCCAGUCCAACCAGCCCUGGUCCACAAGGACAAAAGGGUGACCGUGGACCCCCAGGGAUCCCAGGAAAGAAAGGCAUCAAACUUUAUGCUGAAGGACCCAAAGAACUGAAGGGAGAACCGGGUGAAAUUGGUCAAAAAGGUUGUUCUGGAGCUUUUGGUGUGCCGGGGAAACCUGGGGCCAAAGGAGAGAAAGGUGAUAGAGGCGACUUUGGCUCACUGGGUAAACCAGGGAAGAAAGGAUUACAAGGAAGGAAUGGAGCGCAGGCAGUUCCCAUAAACAUAUUUCUGAAAGGCCAGCUGGGUGUCCCGGGGCCCGCCGGACCCCAAGGAUUCCCUGGAGAGCAAGGGAAUAUUGGUUUUCCAGGAUGGAAAGGCGUGCGAGGUAUGGCCCCUAAUGGUCCACCAGGUUCCCUGGGACCACCAGGUUCUUCCGGUCCUAGAGGAGAGCCAGGCGAGCCUGGACCCUUGAUUGAAGGGUCUCCAGGACUGACUGGAGUUCCAGGUGUUCAUGGAGCUGAAGGAGAGCCUGGAGAACCAGGAAUACCAAACUUUAUGGAGGGAGGGAUUGGUCUUCCAGGAGCUAAAGGUUUAAAUGGUCUGGGAGGACUUCCUGGACUGAGAGGGGAGGUUGGUCAGAAGGGUGAGAAAGGGCAGAUAUGUUCAGUGUGCAGUUUUGUUUCCGGCCAGCCUGGACCUCCAGGUGAACCGGGGGUGUCAGGUGACAGUGGCGUGCCUGGUUCAGCUGGGUUUACAGGCCCCACUGGUGACCAAGGACCCAAAGGUUUUGCAGGACCACCUGGUCCACAAGGAGCCUUCGGUCAUCCUGGCUUCAAGGGACUCCCGGGACCCGCAGGCGAGCCAGGAAUGAUGAGGAUGGUGGGGCAGAAGGGUGAGGACGGGGAGCAAGGGGAACCUGGACCACAAGGACUCGAAGGGACAGAUGGAUCUUCAGGAGACCCAGGACCUAAAGGUGUUCAGGGACAGAAAGGAAACCCGGGUCUGCCAGGGCCAAAAGGUGACAGGGGAUCACUUGGUGCCACUGGUCCCAGAGGCCUGACAGGGCAAAUGGGACCCACGGGACAGUUUGGGAUCGGGGCUCCAGGCCCUCAAGGACUUCAAGGAGACAUUGGAUUUCUGGGUGAACCAGGAGAACCUGGAAAACAAGGUGAGAAAGGUGCUCCAGGAGAAGUUUUAAAUUAUCCAGGUGAUCCAGGCCAGAAGGGAGAGAAAGGUUUAGCUGGAAACCCAGGACCUGAAGGUGUGACGGGACCUGCAGGUUUUCAGGGACCGUGGGGACCAAAGGGAGAGCAGGGACUUGACGGAGCAUCUGUUCCAGGUUUCCCAGGCAUCGUGGGGUUAAAGGGAGACAAGGGUUCUACUGGAAACCCCGGUUUUCCCAGUUUUGGUGUCAAGGGUCGAGAGGGGCCAUCGGGCCACCCAGGAACAAGUGGCCAGAAGGGGAACAGGGGUAGUGGUUUAUCAGGCAAUCAGGGUCAGCCAGGUUCUCAAGGAGAAGAUGGCUCUGUUGGACCACAAGGACAGCCUGGACUUCUGGGAUCACAGGGAGUUCCUGGACUGAAAGGAAAAGUGGGUCUUCCAGGGUUCAAAGGUCAUCAUGGUCUGGAUGGUGUCCCUGGUCCUACUGGCCUGGCUGGAGUCUGUGUUCCUGGAGCUCCUGGGCCUCAAGGAGCGCAAGGACCAAAAGGUUUCAUCGGAUUCAUAGGGAUCAGGGGAUCCCGAGGUCUGAAGGGAGAUCCUGGGUUCCCUAGCAUGGGAACACAAGGGAUUCAGGGACCAGCAGGGAGACAAGGUUAUGAUGGAGAUCCAGGGCAAAUGGGGGCUGAGGGGCAGAAGGGCGUGAGAGGGAACGAUGGGGAGCCAGGGAGUCCAGGUGAGAAGGUGGAACCUCACACGAUGCCACUUUGGAUUAGAGGGAACAUGGGUCCCCUAGGACUACCUGGGAGUCCAGGACAGGUUGGAGUAAAAGGAGAAACUGGACCACUAGGACCAAAAGGUCAGAGGGGUCAGGAUGGGGCCAGAGGCUCUCAGGGGGCCCCAGGAGAUCUCGGGGACAGAGGAGAACCUGGGCCGAAAGGGGUCCAAGCAAACAUUACGGUGUUAGGAGCACCUGGAGACCCUGGAAACCAAGGGUCUGAAGGUGUUACAGGGCCUAAAGGAGACACGGGCCCCACAGGGCUACCAGGUCAAGAUGGUACAAAUGGAGAACCUGGAAACCCAGGACCACAAGGACUCCAGGGAGAUCCAGGAAGAGAUGGAGAGAGAGGUCUUUUUGGUUUCAUUGGACCCCCUGGUGAUACAGGGUUCACCGGGUGGCCUGGUUAUAAAGGUGAGAAAGGCUCAACGGGGACUAGUGGAGAGCCCGGUUUAGAAGGACUACCAGGACAAAAUGUAAAUAAAGGUUCUAAAGGAGAACCAAGUCAACCAGGACCAGGAGCUAAAGGCCCCCAAGGAGAGGAGGGAGUUCCAGGAUGUCCUGGAAGUCCAGGACCAAAGGGACCACCAGGACAUCGUGGAAACUUUGGCCCUCCGGGACCAUGUGGUCCUUGUGGGCCAGAAGGACCCACAGGACUACCUGGAAGCAGAGGUCCUCCUGGGUGUCCUGGUGAGAAGGGCUUAGAUGGUCUUCUAGGGGACAAAGGCCCUCCAGGAUGCCAUGGACCCCCAGGACCUAAUGGACCUCCUGGAAAUCCUGGUCCAGCUGGUCCUAAAGGGAACCAGGGACAGGAUAGGAUUCCUGGACCUCCUGGAGAGAAAGGAACCAUGGGAGAAAUUGGAGUCGGACCUAAGGGGCCGGAUGGAGACAAUGGUCAACCUGGUUAUCCAGGAGAGAAAGGCCCCUCUGGAUCCUGUGGACCCCCUGGUCCCUUCGGUUCUAUAGGAGACCCAGGUUGCCCCGGUCCUCCUGGACCCCCUGGUCCUGCUGGGUGUCCUGGAGCAAAGGGAAUUUGCAUUAAUGGAGAGAAGGGAGACGAGGGAUAUCCUGGAGGAAAAGGACCCAAAGGCCUGCCAGGCAGUAAAGGUCCUCCUGGCUCUCCAGGUCCUGGUUACAAAGGUGAUAAAGGGCGUAAAGGAGAACCAGGUCUCCAAGGACCAAGUGGUCCUUCUGGUGACACUGGUCCACAAGGCAGUCCCGGUUGUUGUGGACCACCAGGACUUCCUGGAAUUAAAGGUACAAGAGGCGAGAUUGGGCCCAAAGGACCAAUUGGUAUGAAGGGAGAGAAAGGACGACCAGGUUUCGCUGGGCCAAUGGGAAUUCAAGGACCACCUGGGAGAAUCGGUGAAUCAGGGAGUGACGCAGUCGCUAAUGUGGUGUUGGCACCUGGAGACCCAGGGGAAGAAGGAGACCCGGGGAGCAAGGGAGCAAGAGGUCUCCCAGGGCCCACUGGAAACCCUGGACCUCAGGGUCUGAAGGGUGACAGUGGGAGGAAAGGUCAGACAGGAAAUCAAGGAGGUCAAGGGUUGAGAGGAGAAACAGGAAGCAAAGGAUCAACUGGUCCGAAGGGUCAGGCAGGAAAGCGAGGUCCUCCUGGAUCUAAAGGUUCCUGUGGACAACCAGGUGAAUUACCUGUCCCACCAAGGAGAAAUGGCUUCCUGUUCACCAGGCACAGCCAGAACCACACCGUUCCAAGUUGUCCGAAUGGAUCUUCUUUAAUCUACAGCGGAUAUUCUCUGCUCUUCAUCAACGGCUACAGCCGCGCUCACGGACAAGAUCUGGGAACAUUGGGUAGUUGUCUCCAGCGUUUCAGCACCUUGCCCUUCCUGAUCUGUGAGCCUACCGGAGAAUGUAAAUAUGCUGAACGCAACGACUACUCCUACUGGCUGUCCAAUAUCAACCCACUGGCAGUUAACCAGCCGACCAGCGACGAGGAUCUGCUGAAGGCUAAAAUCAGCCGGUGUUCUGUGUGUGAGGCCAGAGCCAACGUGAUUGCUGUCCACAGUCAGACCAGUUUGAUCCCAGGGUGCCCCACCAAGUGGAAGGCACUUUGGUCUGGAUACUCCUUUGUAAUGGAAACAGGUUUGGGUGCAGAGGGGUCAGGCCAGCCUUUGGCUUCACCUGGAUCCUGUCUGGAAAACUUCCAUAAAAUGCCUUUCAUCGAGUGUAACGGAAGCCCAGGGCACUGCAGAUAUGACAGCGGCUCCUACAGCUACUGGCUGGCUGCUCUGGAUCAUCGCAAUAUGUUCAGAAAACCCAGAGGUUGGUUCGAUACUGGAAACUCACUGGAAGAGCACAAACGAAUCAGCCGCUGUCGAGUCUGCAUGAAGCAGAUAUGA